GGUAGUAAACUCAGGACUACUCUAAACGCUCUGAACACGCACUGUUAACGCACAACAAGCAGCAUGAAGCAAACAAACAAAAAACAAAAAAACCAAAACCGCUGAGUUCUUCUUGGGGCUUUGCUUUCGAUGGUGCUGUACGCGCAGGGUGCGGAAGCUUUUUAUGACGUGCCAGCAGCUAAUUGGGGUGGGAAAACCGGGGUGUGGUAAGGGGGAAACAUUGCACAAAGGUUGCAGAGAACACAAACACUGCAGCGAAAACACAGCUCUGCGCACAGCUCGUACGCACGGGCGCGCGCAACGGAUAAAUACAGGCGACACGGGGAGCUAGAACUGGCAACGUUAGAACAAUACGAGAGAAAGUCUUUAUUUACCUUGUUGGUGGGCGUUGACGGGCGGUGGGGUUGGAUGGUGGGACAGUUUUAUGGUGGGCAAGAACGUCCACAGCAAGACCUGGCGAGUGGGUGCGGCGGGGGGGCUAGGACCGGGGGACAAGAACAAUUAGAAACAACAAUCGGGGAUUUAGCAGGAAGGGGCCUUAGGCGCAGGAUUGAGUAACUCGUAUAUAAGUAGAGAUUUACACUAAUGAAUAAAACAAUUAAAACAAACACAGACACACACACACACACCCACACACAUACUCAGUCGCACGGAGAGGAAACAAGCGUGGACGCGGGUGCCAAUACCACAAAAGCGCCCACUACAAAAAAAAAUGAGAAAAAUCGGGAGGUGCGUAAAGAGUGGCUCUUUUUCCUCAUUUGCCUCCUUAACGCACUGCUAGGACGUGCUAAGCUGGGUGAUAAAGGAAAGGAAAACACACACACACACACACACACACACACACACAUUCGCGAACAAUUACACGGGAUAUAAAGUGGAGGGACAGGGGAACAUAGGCGUAGUAACAUAGCGAACGAAUCGAACCAGAAGAAAAGAAGGAGUGUAGAAAAAGGGGAAAGAGAAAGCAAUUAAGUAUAACUUAAGACGAACAACUAAAGCGGUAGCAGCGAAUGAGGGAGAGAUUUGCAAAAAGAAACAAAAGGCAAACGAAGUGGAAAAAUAACAACCACAAUAGUAAGGGUAAGGUAAACAAACAUUGGAGAAAAAAGGAGAAAAUCAAAUCAAUUAGAAAAUAAAAACGAGAAAAAGGCGAAACAAAGAUACAAAACUCAAACUAAAAACGACGUGGGAGCAAGAGAAACAUAAAGCCAUUUGAAACCGAACUCUCACUUUCUCUCUCACUCUCUAUCUCAGUAGCGGUGUAGUGGUGUAGUAGUGCAACUGGGGUAAGAGCCGACGGCAAGGCGAGAGCAGACGGGAAGUAGUGUUGUGUGUGUCUGCGGGGCGGGGCGCAAAAUGGCGGGCGAAGGCGUUUAUUAGUUCGUGUUGCGUUCUUCAAUUUAUGUGUCGCGUCUAAUUCGAGAUUUUUCCAGUCCAAGUCCGUAGCAGUACUAGUAGCAGUAGUAGCAGUAGUAGGUGAUGGAGAGAGGAGAGAUGGUGUGUUUGCGAUUGCAGAGCUGUAAUUAAGAGAAUCAAAAUUACAAAAAAGAAGCUGAAUAAAAACACACACACAGUCCUUUUCUUUUGUAGUAGUUUUGCGCAAACGAAAAACGCGCGGGCGCGCGCCUCAGCAGUUACGUUUGCCGCAACAAACAAACAAACAAACCUACACACACACACACACACAGUGAUACAACAGCUGCUCUCUCGCUCUCUCUUGUAGGACAAAAGCAAGCAAGCCCAGCAAGCAAAAGAAAUCAACUAAUAAAUUAGCUCAGCUACACACUCUCUCACACCGCAACCCCCGGGGCCGACCGCCGUCGAACGGUUGGCGGUGGCGGGGAGGGUGUUUAGCAAAACCAAACUCUAUUUAGUGCAAUUUUGUUGUGGGAGAAGGAUUAAGCAGAAAAAAAGAGAACAAAAGGAGUAUGAAGAAGAAAAAGGAAGGUGAAAAAGGAAGGGGUGUUCUGUUGUCCUGUGAAAAUCAAAACAAACAAACAAACAAACAAAACCCAAAAGCAACAACAAAACAGCAACAACAACUCACAAAAGAGCGUUGUAGAUAUAGUUGAUCGUCGUUUCAUGAUAGUUUAUUCAGCAUUACUGAUAGAUUAGCUGGCUUACACUACUAAAAACAGUGAUUGUGAAUAAAACCCUAGAAUGAACUAAAAAGGCAUCAAAAA